AAAACUCUGAUUUGGUUUAGGGUUUUGUUUUUGGUCGAAAGCAAAGCGCACUAACCAAAUCGCAGUUUCAUGCACUGAAGUCGGCCAUGAAUCGUCCAUCGAAGGGAGCGUCGUCGGGGAAACCAGAGGCCGUUGCCACUGCCGAGAAAUCUCGCAUACCGGGAUGUAUUCGCUCGCUCGCUGAUUCAACCGUGGCCAUUACCGUCCAUGCCAAGCCUGGCAGCAAGUUGUCGGCCAUCACUGACACGGACGAUGGUGCUGUAGGCGUGCAGAUUGAUGCUCCUGCGCGAGAGGGUGAGGCGAACGCUGCAUUAUUAGAAUAUAUCGCAGAGGUCCUGGGUAUCAAGAGGAGGCAAGUGUCGUUAGGGUCAGGUUCACGGUCAAGAGAGAAGCUCGUGACUGUGGAAGGACUUACCGUGGACAAAGUUUAUGAAGCGAUUCGUAGAGCAUCUACAUGAUGUCUUAAUGGCAGGUUUUUUCUGUUAUGGCGUUGGAAGAGGUGUGUAAAAGGGUCAUACUAGUUAUGAUCGAAUUGCUCUGAGUACCCAAGCACAUGUUCAAUGAUACCAUUUAACGUGUUAAUGAUAAUUUACUUGAUGAUAGACAA